AUGUCUUUAGUAAAUAAAAAAGAUUGGUUUAAAGCUGCUAUUGAUGGCAGUUCUGUCAAAUCAUUUGAAUAUAAUUCUAUUUCGGAUAUCAGAAUUAUUUCAAGUGGUACUUUUGGUACUGUUUCUAGAGCGUAUUUAAAAUGUUCUGAAAAUAUAGUCGCUUUAAAAACAUUACAUAAUUCUAUUAAUAAUGAUGAAAAUUCAUUUAAUGAAUUUGUUCUUAUUUCAGGUGAAAGAGAAUCACCUAUUAAGGGAACUCCAAUCGAUUUUAUAAAUAUUUAUAGUGACGCUUGGAAUGAUAACUCGAAUUUACGUCCUACAAUUUCUGAGCUUCAUCAUAAACUAGACACUAUACAAUUAGAACCCAUUUAUGGUAUAUUACAAAAAUGUAUUUUAUUAAAUUAUCUGUCACAAUCCAUCUAA